AUGCUUACCGGGGUUUACAUCGCUCAGGCGAUCGGCACGCUUGGCUGUGCCGCAGCUGCAGGGGGCAUUGCGACGCUUUCAAUCGCAUGCAUCCCCAACCUCACCCUGCCGGCUCGUCGCCCUGCCAACUCUGCCCGCGCCUUCUACGAAAUGCCUGGUAACCUCGCCGCCCAUCUUUCGCAUCAAUGGCUGGACUUUUAUGAUCGUGGUCAUAAGAUAUUCCCAACAAUUGCAGGAUUUGCGUCUCUUGCAAAUAUGUACGUCUUCUGGAAAUUGAGGGGUACAACGGUAGCAGUAUCCAAUAUGGCCAAUCACUAUCUGCUUGCCGCUGCCGUGGCUAUGAGCAUUGCACCCUGGACUGUCUUGGCUAUGCUCAAGACCAAUAAGAAAUUGGAUUCAUACGCAGCAUUUGAUAAUAAGGGAGACGCCGAGGAUGCCAUGGAUGCAGUGCACAGCACAGAAGAACAGUCGAAGCGAUCCCAAGCGGACAAUGAGGUGCCUAGGCUCUUGAAGAAGUGGGCAAAGCUAAACUUGGUGCGGUCUAUAUUUCCACUUUUGGGGGCUGUUAUCAGUUUUCAUGCUACGACUCGAAUCAUAUCAAGCGGAUCUUGGUCUCAGACUGUCUAG